CAGGCAGCGCCUGCGCAACGUCAGUCGCGAUCGAGCGCCCGCGGUGAUCGAACGUGCUCCAUGAAUUCUAGCACAAUUAUAGUCUCGUUUCUUUUGUUAAACAUUAGUUUGAGUGAAUUUUAAUUUUGUGCCUGUGUAUGACACGUUGGAUGUGCAAUUAUUUGUGAAACAGCCGAAUUGGAGUCGAUUUUCUUAUAACUGUGUAAUGUGUAUGAACUUGUAAAAGAAUACCCGAUAUGAUCCACGUGGACGAGACAGAUCCAGUAGGCGAGAUAGAGCCGCCAUUCCCCUGUCGCGAUGUCUCCAUCAAACGUGGCACGGAUGUCAAUGACUUUUUCGAAAUGCUGUCGGAGAUUGGUCGUGGCAAAUUCGGCACAGUAUACUUAUGCCGUGAGAAGAGCACCGGUUUGGAGUUAGCUGCGAAACUGGUGUCUGUCAGCAGAAGAGACGAGCGGCGGAAUGUUGAACGUGAGGUGGACGUUAUGCGUCGGCUGCGUCACCCGCGCCUCAUACAGCUAUACGACGCCUACGACUGGGGCAAGUACAUGUGCGUCGUACUUGAACUGAUAACCGGCGGGGAGCUUUUUGAGCGUGUGAUCGACGAGGACUUUGUGCUAACGGAGCGCGCCUGCACAGUCUUCAUGCGGCAAAUCUGCGAAGGCAUUGAAUUCGUACACAGACAGAAUAUAUUGCAUCUUGAUAUGAAGCCAGAAAACAUCUUGUGUCUGACAAAGUCUGGGAACAGAAUAAAAAUCAUCGACUUCGGAUUAGCAAGGUUCUACGACCCUGAGAAGAAGCUGCAAGUGUUGUUUGGUACGCCAGAGUUUGUGGCCCCAGAAGUGGUGAACUUUGAUCAAAUCGGUUACGGCACUGAUAUGUGGUCGAUUGGCGUUAUUUGUUACGUGCUAUUAUCGGGCUUGUCACCUUUUAUGGGCGAGACGGAUAUAGAAACAAUGGCGAACGUUACCGUUGCAAAGUACGAUUUCGACGACGAAGCUUUCAACGAAAUAUCUGAUGACGCUAAGGACUUCAUACAGAAACUGCUCGUCAAGGACAAAGAGUCGCGGCCGAGUGCCACCGAGUGCUUGCGUCACCGUUGGCUCCUCAAACGCUCGCAAGUGAAGAAAGACAAACCCAGACCGCAAACUUCGCCAAAGCACGAACUAGACGUCGCUAAAGACAACCUACGUCUCUUCGUGGAGAGAUGGAGUGAACAUCCGAACUCACCCUACGUCUUCGAUAACCAGGCGCAUGAAAUCAUCUGCCUCGUCAAUGGAAAUUGCGAGAGAUCAUCCAUCGGAGGCUGCUCACCAUCCCCUAGAAGUUCCCUCAGCAGUUCCCCUGAUAUAAUUUUCGAUGAAGACGAUCUUGAACCCCCGCCUUUAAGGGAUCCAACGCCCCUUGCACAAAGAUAUAACCCAGUCGAAAGACGAGCAUCGGACAGCAGUUGCUUUUUGCACAAAAAACACGACGUGUUAGUCAGAAAGAAUUUAGCCGAAGAAAUAAAGAAAUUAUCCGACCAUUUGUUCAUGUUGUCAACUAUGAGCACGGACCUUGUCAAUAAUAAUAGCUUUAAAGAGUUUGAUAAAAAUGCAACAGAAAUAAAGACAGCAUCUAAGGAAGAAAAGAAAUUGACGAACGGAUUUAAAACAGAAUCGAAACCGUCCAUAAAAACUAUUACAAAUGGAGAUGCUAAUAAAACAGAAAGAAAAGUUUUCACAUCAAAAUCCAGUAAUAAGAUCAAUUCCACUUUCUUGACGGAGAGAGAACAAGAAAAACCGAUGACUAGCAAAAUGCCCUGGGCGAAAGCGACUAGGUCAAAAAGAUUGACGAAUUUGAGUAGAGAUGUUCCUGACCAACCUAUAGACCGCCGAAGCACAUUCUUUGAGGAAUUCGACAAAAGACGAGAGAUAAUUGGAAAAUUAGUAAAUGGCUCCAGCAAUGGAAGGCAGUUACCAUACAGACGAGGAGAUGAGAAUAAUGCUCAUAGGACAAAAGAUCGUCUAUUGCAUCUUCUAGAAAAAUGGGCGGACACAGAAGUAGAAGGGGAGAGAACAGCGGGGGGUACAUCGAAUUGUGGAAGACAUCAGUCGAUAUCCCUCGAGUGGUCGUCCUCGAAUCAACUAGCCCAGAACUCUAUGUCCAGUCUUCACGCUUUUUUUCAAAGACAAACAUCAGACGAAAAGAAGCAACGGAAGAAAUGACUAGUGAUAUAGUAUAUGUAUAAGAAAUUGUAUGUAUGUAUUGAAAACAGGGACUUCAGUGCCAUGACAUUGUGUUGUUCAGAAAGGUCGACUUUGAAACUGUUGAAACAGUUUGGGUUACGUAAGAUUAAUUAAUUCUUUGAUCAGAAAAGAAUUUACUCGUAAAAGUGAAAGAUCUCAAUUUGUCAAUAUUAUUUUAUUAUUUAUUUCAUUCUCAACCAACAAUAAUUUUAUCCAAAUUU